AUGUUGCUUCAGAGCUUAUUUCGAAAGAAAUGUACGCGAACGAACGAUCUCGAGACACCACUUUUAAGAUGUUUGAAUCUCUAUGAUUUGAUACUUUUGAGUGUAAGUGGAAUGGUUGGAUCAGGCAUAUAUGUCUUAACAGGUGUCGUUGCCAAAGACCAAACGGGACCGGCUAUUCUCAUUGCUAAUCUGUUCGCAGGUGUUGCUUGUCUGUCUGGUGCUCUUUGUUAUGCAGAAUUCGCUGCACGAAUUCCACGAGCUGGAUCGUCGUAUAUAUUCAUCUAUGAAUCCAUCGGUGAAAUAAUCGCUUUUAUUGGAUUCACAUCGAUUAUUGGUGGUGUGUCAGGAUUAGGUGUCAGUGCUCGAGUAUGGUCCGCUUAUUUCGAUGCUGUUUUCGAUCAUAAAAUCAAUUCUUUUCUUGCAAACCACACUUUUCAAUGGACAAAUGCACAUGCACCUUUUGCUAAAUCUCCUGAUCUUCUAGUUUUUGCUAUUACCAUAUUUCUUCUCUUAGCCAUGCUUGUUGGUCUACGAAAUUCCAAGUAUUUAACAAACAGUCUCACGAUAAUCAAUAUGACAGCUUUGCUUUUCAUUGGUAUCACUGGAUUCAUUCUCGGUGAUGCUCAUAAUUAUCAGCCAUUCUUCCCAUUUGGAAUGCAAGGCAUAUUUCGUGGUAGUUCACUAUUACUUUACUCAUACAUUGGCUUUGAAAUGGCAACAAUCGCAAUCGAAGAAGCAAAAAAUCCUUCUCGAACAGUCCCACAAGCAACGGUCAUUUCACUUAUUAUUGUCACUCUACUCUACUCCUUAGUAGGAUGCUCGUUAACUUACUUAACUCCAUAUCACGCUAUUGACACUGACUCGACGUUCGCGAGUGCUUAUAAAGCAUCGAGAUGGCCAUGGGCAGGUUACAUUAUUUCAAUCGCUAUUGUCUUCAGUGCUGGAGGAAAUCUACUUUCUGGUACAUAUGGCAGUAUUCGUGCUAUUUAUGCAAUGUCAAUCGAUGGAUUGUUACCUUCGAAAUUAAGUUAUGUUAACAAAGGACGACAUGUUCCUGUAAUGGCUACAUGUUUAGUUUGCUUUGUUAUUGCUCUUCUUGGAACAUUCUUUGAUAUAAAAGAUUUGAUUGGCUUUGCUGAUAUUUCUGCAUUACUUAGUUACACUGGUGUAUCAAUAGGCCUACUCAUUGAACGAUAUAAUCAUACUUUAUCUUAUCAGAUUGUGUUAACUCAUGAUGAUGGUGACAAUGAAGAAGAAGAAACAUUCGAAUUAACAAGUGACAAAACUGACGAUGAGGAACACCUACAUAUCAGUUCAACUGUAGAACUAGAUCCAUUUUUAACACGCUCCAUCCGCUCGCUAUGCCGUGCAUGUCUUUCGAUAAUUGAUUCAUAUUUAUGCCCGAAAUUGUCUGCUAUUGUCUUACUGUCAAUCUUCGUAUGCAAUACAAUUAUUCUUGGAAUUAUUCUUAUUUAUGUAUUCAACAGAAAUUCCGCACUGCAUCUCAUUAUCGUAAUAGUAUGUGUAGUGGUGAAUGUCACUGUUGUUGUUGUCUUUUGCCUAUUGCGUCCAAAGAAACAUUCGAAAGAUCUGCUCUUCACCUGUCCAGGUGUACCGUUAAUUCCAUUGAUCAAUAUAAAAAUCUUUCUCUUCUUAAUGCUUCUUCAAGAUGCUUAUGAUUGGCUGGGCUACACGUGUGUCAUUUUCAUCUCUCUUCUUAUCUACUUCACUUACAGUUAUUGGCAUAGUAAAUCGCGUUAA